AUGACACAGGGAAGAUCUACCUUUCAAGGACGGAGAGUAGUCGUAACUCCUUUUGAGAAUUGGGCUAUGAAGAGAGGAGAUGAUUCUUUUAACGCAAUCGCUGGAAGUCUCGGAGGUUUCAUGUCAGGACUUGUGACUUGUCCAUUGGAUGUUAUAAAAACAAAAUUACAGGCGCAAGGUGGCUUUCGGAAUCAAAAUGAGAAUAUCAACUCUUCAAAUAUUGUCUACCGUGGGAUGGUUGGAACAGCAAGAGUUAUAUGGCAACAAGAGGGAUUUAAAGGAAUGUAUCGUGGAUUAGGCCCAAUCAUUUUAGGAUACCUUCCAACUUGGGCAGUUUGGUUCACUGUUUAUGGAAGAUCCAAACAGUUUAUUGGAGCGCAUAUCGAAAGUCAGUUCUAUGUCAAUUUCUGGUCUUCGGUGGUUGCUGGUGCAUCUUCGUCGAUGGCAACAAACCCGAUAUGGGUGAUAAAAACACGUCUCAUGUCCCAAGUAAGCGGCAGCGUCACCUCAAAUGAAGCUAGACCACCAUGGUAUUACAAAUCAACCUUUGAUGCUGCAAAGAAAAUGUAUAAGACUGAAGGAUUACUUUCCUUCUAUUCGGGUCUUACGCCUGCACUUCUUGGAUUAACUCACGUUGCUAUACAAUUUCCAGCCUAUGAAUAUUUUAAAACUAAGUUUACUGGGCUGGGCAUGGGCGAAUCAGCGGAAGGCGACCACUACAAGCACUAUUCGGGUGUGGUUUCGGCAAGUUUUUUGAGUAAAAUCUUGGCGAGCUCUGUCACAUAUCCUCAUGAAAUUCUCCGGACACGGUUACAAACACAACAGAGAUCAAAUGCUUUAACACAUUUAGAACAUCUAGCUCUAAAAGGAUGCAAAGACACUCAGAAGAAUCUCGCACCGUUAUACCCUGAACUUCCACGUUAUAGGGGAAUUAUUACCACUUUUAGGACGAUAUUAAAAGAAGAAGGUUGGAGAGCAUUUUAUGCUGGUAUGGGUACCAGCAUGAUGCGUGCUGUUCCUGCGGCUACUACUACUUUAGUUACCUUUGAAUACGCUAUGUCUCAUUUUCGUGAAGCUAAAUUUGAAGGACUUCGAAAACAACAAGGCUGA